GCACCCUCGAGGGAAAACCCAAAAAUAGAAAAGAAAAGAAAGCGAAGACACCCGGAGGAUAAGCAGCAUGGGAGGCCGCACCGUUUAUCUCCUCGCCGCGCUCGUCACCCUCACCAGCUUCGCGGGCAAAACGCGCUCAGCCAGCUGCUGUUUGAGGUACAUCAGGCGCCAGUUGCCAUGCCAACGGAUAUCAGCCUACACCUUGCAGUCCACGGGCAAGUCGUGCGACAUCAACGCUGUCAUCCUGCACCUCCCCGGACGGUUUUUGUGCGCCGACCCCGCUGCCGACUGGACCCAACGAGUGAUGCGGUGCCUCGAUGAGCGCAGGAGGAAGAACGAAGAAGCCCUGGGGCGGGAAUCUGUCGACACCGCCAAAGCCGCAGCCGCAUAAACCGCAUUCAUAUUUGUGUUUGAUUGUUUUUUUUUUUUUUUUAUAUGCGUAGCAUUUUGAAUAUGUUAAAUUUGUAAAGUUCUCAUAUAUUUGUGUUCUAUGGCACGACGGGCAUCCUCUCAAAGGUCCUUACAUGUUGUGCGCACAUUUGAUACUUGUUAAUUUAUUAAACUUUUCUUUGAUUAUCGCCAUAAGAAUCAGGUGUCCUCGUUUAUUUUUGCACCUUCCGUCAUAUCUCAACUGACAUAUUGGGACAAAGGCAAUGGAUUCCAAUUCGCGAUUGCACAAUCUUGUGCGGUGUUUUCCUUUUGGCUGCAGUGCGAGCGACUUGGCCAACAUGAUCAAUUUUAUAGCUACCAUUUUUUUUCAAGAGUAUGUUACGGGCAAAGAAUUUCAUCAUAAUUAUUCUAUACUUGUGUAUCCAACUGUAGAUAACAUUUCUGACAUGAAUAAAUGGAUGUUUAAUCCUGAAUCAAUGCUUCAAAGAGAAAAUAGAAAACGUUUUACGCCAGUCAUUUAUGGAUCAUGAUGUCUACUCUCGGCCUCGGUAAGACUUCUGUUUAUUAAUUAUGUACAUUUUUUUCUGUACAGGUUCAGCAUUCCCACCAUUUUCCUUGAUUGAACGCAUCGUUCAUCAUUUUUGUAAACGCAAAUCAAAGAGCCUCUG